CUCACUUGCACCCAACACAAGCACCGAAGACCAAUAGAACGUGGAGGAACGUGCCUGGGAAAAUACGGCAGAUCUCGAAACUCGAAGCCUGCUCCUCCGGCAAAGAGGCAGGUGAAGGGGAGGGGAAUACGCACGGCUAAGGGCGAAGAAGUAGAUAUGAGUGUCAAUGAUACUUCGGCGGCAGCGAAUUCCAACGAGGAAACGGGCAGCGGCGGAUCGUCGGGUACAUCUUCUUCUUCCGCAGACAGGAAGAAGGAGAAGACAAGGGUGAAUAGGACGUCGCUCAUACUAUGGCAUACCCACCAGAAUGACGCCGCCGCCGUCCGUAAGCUCCUGCAGGAAGAUAGCAGCCUCGUGCACGCCACGGACUACGACAAUCGCACUCCGCUUCACGUGGCCUCCCUUCAUGGCUGGAUCGAUGUGGCCAAGUGCCUCCUCGAGUACGGCGCUGACGUCAAUUCCCAGGAUCGUUGGAAGAAUACGGGACAAAAUGGAAGCCAUUUUGAACCAACACCUGUCUUACCCCCUCUUCCAAACAAGUGUGACUGGGAAAUUGAUCCAUCUGAGCUAGAUUUCUCAGCCUCUUCUGUAAUAGGAAAGGGGUCCUUUGGUGAGAUUCUGAAGGCUUUUUGGCGUGGGACACCGGUAGCAGUUAAACGCAUUCUUCCAGCUUUAUCAGAUGAUAGAUUGGUUAUACAAGACUUCAGGCAUGAGGUCAAUUUGUUGGUGAAGUUGCGGCACCCAAAUAUUGUUCAGUUCCUUGGUGCAGUAACAGACAGACGACCCUUGAUGUUAAUCACAGAGUAUUUACGAGGGGGUGAUCUCCAUCAAUUUCUGAAGGAAAAAGGCUCACUCAGUCCAUCUACGGCCAUCAAUUUUGCACUAGACAUAGCAAGGGGUGUGGCUUAUCUUCAUAAUGAGCCCAACGUCAUCAUUCAUAGGGAUCUAAAGCCAAGGAAUGUACUACUGGUGAACUCCAACGCUGAUCAUCUAAAGGUUGGGGACUUUGGCCUAAGCAAGCUCAUUAAAGUUCAGAACUCCAAUGAUGUGUACAAAAUGACAGGAGAAACUGGAAGCUAUCGCUACAUGGCACCUGAAGUAUUCAAGCAUAGGAAAUACGAUAAAAAGGUUGAUGUUUUUUCGUUUGCAAUGAUACUAUACGAGAUGCUUGAGGGAGAUCCCCCUCUGGCAAACUAUGAACCAUAUGAAGCCGCCAAAUUUGUGGCCGAGGGACAUCGUCCAGCAUUUCGAGCAAAAGGAUACACGCCCGAGUUGAGGGAGUUGACGGAGCAAUGCUGGGCUGCAGAUAUGAAUAAAAGACCUCCUUUUCUAGAGAUUCUCAAGAAACUUGAGAAAAUCAAGGAUAAUUUGUCGCAAGAUCAUCAUUGGCAUAUAUUCAACCAAUGAAGAAGCAACUUUUAUGGCCUUCCAUUUAGAUAUUCUCUUUUUCCUAUCCUCCUUUAGCAAGAAUGAAUAACUUCAUAUUUCCUAAUUGGUUUGAUAGUUAGCUAUAGCCAAUUGUUAAUAGUUGUGAUAUCUAUUCAAAUUUAUGCAGUUUGAAUCCAAUGUAUAUGUUGAAAUCAUGAAAGGUCUCAGCUAUUUUUCUUGUAUAACCAGAACUUUAAUUAAGGAUCGAAUUUCAUCAGCUUAAUAAAUUAUAGCUUAAGAAAUUAA